AGAAGGUCGGAACUCUCCAGAAGGCGUUCAAUGAGGAAGACAUGACCGUCGUGCUGUUCUUUGCUAUGAACAGAUCGCACAGCAUACAAGGUUACGUAAGUACUUUUGUCCUAUAACUAAAAUCUGUCAAUAAUUUUCUUUUCUUUCGUCCGAAGUCUUUGGGACAGUUAAUAUUAACAUAAGCAUCUCUAAUUUAGGCUAUCAUGCGCUCUGGACCAUCCCGUGCCAUACGAGCCCCCAAGUGGCUUCGAGAAGUCCGGUGGAAUAUCUCCGACCCGUUCCGCGUUGAGUGGUAUAACACAAUAACCAUUGACAGUGACAAGGUCUCGCACAUCAUGAACCGUUUUAACAACUUCCUCUCCGUCACACGUUCGCGCAACGGCCAGGAGAUCAAUGACGGCGCCGGACGAGAUAUGCUAGAAAUCCUUGAAGCUUGCUCACAGGAACAGUAUCGCCGCGCAAAGGAGACUGGCACUCUACCGUUGUUUUAAGGGAGUCGCUCGGACGCGGCCUGAAUAGUACAGUCGGCGCUUAGGCACUACUCCUUGACAUAC